AGAGAGAGAGAGAGAGAGAGAGAGAGAGAGAGAGAGAGAGGAUCAUGGUCUUCCCUGGCGAGGGACGUGAUCCCCUGGAGCACACUAGUCUUUACCAGCGCGCCGAGAGCGAAGACAGCGAUGCAGAGGGUGGCUUGGGCAACGUGAACAAGAUGGUGAUGCGACCGCCGGGCCACAGCGGCAAGGCCAAGAGGGGCCACAUUUGCUUCGACGCGACCUUCGAGACCGGCAAUCUCGGCCGGGUGGACCUGAUCUCCGAGUUCGAGUACGAUCUCUUCAUCAGGCCCGACACCUGCGGCCCCCGGUUGCGUAUGUGGUUCAACUUCACCGUGGACAACGUGAAGGUGGACCAGCGGGUGAUCUUCAACAUGGUGAAUAUCUCGAAGAGCGCGAAUCUCUUCCGGCAAGGGAUGACGCCGCUGGUGAAGAGCAGCAGCAGGCCGAAAUGGCAGCGGAUACCGCGAGAGCAGGUGUUCUACUACAGAUCCGCGCAACAUCAGAAUCACUACGUGUUGAGCUUCGCGUUCGCGUUCGACCGCGAGGACGACGUCUAUCAGUUCGCCCUGACUUAUCCGUAUUCGUACACCCGCUAUUUGGGACACCUGGACAAUCUGUGCGGCAGGCCGCUGUACACGAAGCGGGAAACGCUGGCUGAGUCGAUCCAGAAGAGGAGUGUAGAGCUCAUAACUAUAACCUCCGACCUCGAAGACACGGAGCGACCUAGAAAAGUGGUCGUUGUCCUCGCUAGAGUUCACCCGGGCGAGUCGCCGUCUUCUUUCGUGUGUCAGGGCUUGAUGGAUUUCUUGGUCAGCGCGCAUCCUAUAGCUCAGGUACUCCGGGAGUACGUGAUCUUUAAGAUAGUGCCGAUGCUGAACCCGGACGGCGUUUUUCUCGGAAAUUACAGAUCCACCGUGAUGGGCUUGGACCUGAAUCGAUCGUGGAACCGCAUCUCCGAGUGGAUCCACCCCACCUUGUUCGCCACGAGAUCGCUGCUCAUGUCCCUCGACAAGAAUUCGCAAACACCCUUGGACUGCGUGCUGGAUCUGCAUGCGCAUACCAACGCGACAGGUGUUUUCGUUUACGGAAGCACGUACGAGGACGUCUACAGGUACGAGAGGCACAUUGUCUUGCCGAAAUUAUUGGCUCAACACGCGGAGGACUACGAGCUGGGCAACACCAUGUACAAUCAGGACCAUAACAAAGCCGGGACCGCUCGCCGUUAUCUGUGCUCCAUUCUGAAGGAGCACGUUAACUGUUACAGCAUCGAGGUCUCCAUGCACGGUUACAACAAGAAGGGGAUGCCCGGCAUAAUGCCCUACACGGAAGAAGGCUAUUACAGGCUGGGUCGUAAUCUGGCUCGCGUCUUCAUGGAGUACUACAAGCUCACCGGGCUUAUCCCGUCCGGACUGCCUGAUCAGCCGUCGAACAGGCGGACGCGUCAAUCCCGACAGAGACAUCGUCUUCCAAGGGAGCCCCGACCGAGAACAGUCAGGACCCCGGCGACCUUGCACCUCGCUAGCAUUUAUGAGUACUUCCGGGAGGAGGCUGCUGAGCCGCUCCCGAGCGCGCGUUACCGAUCGAUGAGCGGCACGCGGAUGGGCCAGCCCGGAACCGGAAUCGCGAGUGAAACUGGAACGACGGGCGUCGGCGGGUGCAGGAGCCGGAGCUACAGGUUCCGGAGCCCCGGGGCGCCAUUCGACAGGGUGCAAACCCUGACGACGGGCCAGCCCGCCGCCGCCCCACGGCUCACCAUUAUCGAUUUCAAUCAGCUGACGCGGGGCGGCUUGGAGCUCGCGACCAGCAGGAACAGAGCGACGAUACCUCGCAGGAGCGUCAAGUCGCGCAGAUAACGAUCGUGCCGCCUCGGAUUUCCUCCUCGAUGCGAAAUCCGCGGAGGUACGGACGUUUCCGUGAAGGGGUGAGACACGCACUUCGCCCUUUCCGGCUAUUUCCAUCGCGUACAACACGGACGAGACGAGGGAUGCCGGGGGCUUGCUUUCGCGUUUGCACCGCUGCGCUGUUAUCUACGCACUUGUGGGGCAGCUUCCGUGAGAUAAGAGAGUAUCGACGAGCAGCGGGCUCCGAUGGAAGGAAGACGGGGGGCGCCGUUGAUUCGUGCGAAAUGCAAAUGAAUUCUCGUGUUUGGUCAAAGAGUUGAUCCGUCGCGUCGAUCGACGAGAAAAAGAGAGAGAGAGAGAGAGAGGGAGGGGAGAGAUUGUACGCUUCGGGAAGAUUGUAUCGAAUCGACGGAUGCUAACUACGCGCGUUAGUAAUGAGCCUUCGUUCCUCUUACGUUCCUGAGUAUAACGGGCCACGGGUAUUGCUCUUCGCACACACGGCGAGCGUUGAUUCUCUCUCACAACGCAACACGGCGAACGCACAAAAGAGCGCAUUUUUCCGACCUUCUCUUACGAUGCCUUCGCGACACCUUAUUACUCGUGACAAUAAGCGAUUUCGCUGCUUGCCAGAGCUUAUCAGUCGAGCGAUACGCAGCAUACUUUACUACGCAUAUGUAUGCGUGUAUUUUCAUGAUACUUGUUACAUUUCUUAUGGUCGUUUAUGAUAUCGUUGUCAGAAAAAAAAGAGUUACUGUUAGCUACGUUACGCUAUAUAACUACUUGUACGUUAAAGUAUAGACAAUGUUACCAAUGGCAGAAUAAAUGGAUUACCAAGAAUCAAAGCAAACAUGGAGAAAUGCAUGCUUUCGUACACAUCACAACACCGUUCUCGAAUCGCAGCUGGAGCCUCGCGCGUAAUUGCCUCGUGAAACUUGCACGAGCCGACGAGCGCACAAUCGCCACGCGAUUGUUGUUAGCCUUGGAAGAGGCAAAAUCUCUUCCGCAAUCUUUUUCGACAGAGUCUCGCGUUUCAGCCGAUAGUCAGCGGAUAUUCCGAGACAAAAAUAGAAAAGGACAUAUCCGGAUUGACGAUUCGCGCUAAUUUGGAAAUUUCUUCCGUCCUGUAAUCGCGAUGGAAUUUUGACCCGUUGCGCAGAGUAAAAGAGACGGCGCCCCUCGAAAUUUCUUGUAAAAUCCAGAAUCAAAAUGCCACGGCGCGCGGCCUCUCGGGCUUUCAAACAAGCGGCAGCUGGUCUAAAUUUGGAUUUAGAGGCGGUAAGGAGCCAAGUCGCGCGGCGUCCUUUGGCUUUACAAGAAAUUUCGAAUGGCGCCCUGGAGCGCAAGGUGUCGACACUGUAUUAAUCGGAUUAAGACGGAUGAAAUCAGGUAGCGGACCUGUUUGCGCGAAACUUGGUUUUGGUUUCCCGAACAAAACACCUCUCGGUCCGGGUUCUCGUCAAACACACACCGGGAGAGGUGACGAUCGCGUGGCGAGCGGACGAGCGCUUCAGAUGCUAUUCGUAAACGAUCGCGGCCCUUUGCCGGCACACUUAAUCACGAUGUAACACGAUGA